CGUGACGUGUCCGUGUUGUCUCCUAGCAGAGGGUGGAAACAGGCAAGGCCGAAGACUUCAAGUAUAAAGUGUCUGGCUAGGAAUAUUAUCAUUAUUAGCGAGAUACUGGUCAGUGUCGAAGCGUAACUUGGUUUAGACAGAGAUGAAUCGUGUUAUUGGACGGAAAUGACGUGAUGCGCGUUCAUGAAAAGUUCCAAGUUUUAUCCUCCCAGGCUAGUUAGCGCUAGCGUGCUAGCUAGUGAAGUGAAUGAGCUGCUGUUUGUUUUUGAUAUAGCAUGCCUGACUUCCUUUAUCUCUCCGAAAUGAACGAGAAAUCGUAAACAGUUUGGUUAUAUAUGUAUUCUGAAGUCGUAUUUAUUUAAUAAAGCAGUGUGUCAGGAGUGUGUGUGUGUGUUGAGAGUGUAGAGAAAGACGGGUGUUGAUUUGCUCUAUAGCUCUCAGACGUUAGCGUUAGUGAUUAUGGGAAACUGUCUGAAAUCCCCGACAUCCGACAACAUCUCGUUACUGCACGAGUCCCAGUCGGACCGAGUCAGCACCGGGGACGGACCCGAACCCGAGUUAGAGCCUCCUCCACCCUAUGAGGAGCAGGUCCGCACACCAGUGUACCAUCCCACACCCAGUCAGACGUGUUUGGCCACCCAGCUGACGGAGGAGGAGCAGAUCCGCAUCGCUCAGCGCAUCGGCCUCAUUCAGCACCUGCCCAGAGGAGUGUUCGACGGAGGGAAGGACGGAUCCGAGAAGAAGAUCCGAGAGUGUGUGAUUUGUAUGAUGGACUUUGUAUACGGCGACCCCAUCAGGUUCCUGCCCUGCAUGCACAUCUACCACAUGGACUGCAUAGACGACUGGCUCAUGCGCUCCUUCACCUGUCCUUCCUGCAUGGAACCGGUCGACGCCGCGCUCCUCUCUACGUACGAGACCAACUGACGUCGCCGUCGCCGUGUGGAGAGACACCUUCCUCCUCCGCUGUUCUCAGCUACAGCAUCCAGCUCAGCGCGGACGAAGGCCUUCAUCGUGUCUCCGGCUGCUCCAAUUGGUUAUCGGUUCGGUAUAGAGGCCAGUCUUUGAAGAUACCCAGCGUGCACACACACACACAAAUACACACUUCUUUUCCUUUUUUCCACAGGUCAUGCACAUUCUUUAUCAGUUAUAUUAGCAGAAAUAGAAGAGAUUCCUGAACAUCUUUGCAGAAACUUAUCACACAUCCUGAGCUACGUACGUUCACGAACCCGAAAUGUCCCGCAGGAGAGAUCCCACAGGGUUCUCUGUUGCUCUGAUUAAACGUAGGACCGGCUCAACAUUAAUACUACGCAGGGGUGUACAACCAUCUCCCAGGACGUAUCACAAAGCUUCUCUGCCUCUGAUUUCUUACCUAUAACCGAAAGGGCUCAGUAUUACUAUAUGCAUCUCUUCUACAACAACAAAUGGCAUAUUUUAGCAUCAUUGCCGCACACCUUACACAUGUUGUAGUGCUCUUGAAAAGCAGCUCUUCUGAUAUGUUAGCGCUUUUAUAGAACGGUAGCCCAGAGAUAGCGCAAAAACAAACAACGAAAAGCAGGUCUGUGAGUGGAAACGCUUGCUAAACUGAUGCUAAAGAUACACCUAGUCAAAUAACCACUCUCUCCAGCCACGGUGAGCCGAAACGCAUCUCCAAACCUUCAACACGUCGAUCCAGACAAGAAGCUGAUGCGAAUGAUUUAGCAAAGCAGACGAGUCUCCAGAAUUACUUCAAGACUAUGAUCUUUGUUUGCUCCAGAGUAGCGCAAGAAGAUGUGGUGUUUUUUUUUCUCCUAUUUUUAUCAUAAUAGACAGAAUAAAGUGGAUGAAAUAAAUACAUUUCUAUAAUGUUCUAUAUAAAUGCUGACAAUGUGGAUGCUCCACAACGUUAAACCCUACUAUAAAGAGAUAAGAUGUAUGAUGUCAUACCAAUUGCUGUAGUAUAAGGGGAAUAAAAUACUUUGGGAAAUUAUCAAUAGCGGUACUGUUGCUUCCGUGUCAGCGUGUUUUUAAGGUUUUUUUUUUCCUGUUUAGAGUGACUAAUAUCAGGAAGAUGGUUGUACACCUCUGAUUGACAUGAAAUGGAAGCCGUAACACAUCCGACGCCGUCGUGGUUUUCGGCAGCCCUGCCGCCCGGGGCUGUUCUCAAUCAUUUUAUUGCCAAAGGCACAAAAUCUGAACAGAAAAAAAGGGCUCAGUCAUGCAUGGUGGAGGGGGCGGGGGUGGAGGUGGGUGGGGUUUUUUUGGUCGAACCAAAUGACUACCUGUCUCAAUCUACAUUAGAAAUGCUUGCGCACACACAGAGAAAGAAAAAAAAACUAGUAUAUACUAAACCUAGAGAUUUGCACUUUACACAUGAUGAUUAUCAGAAUAAUGUAUUUAUGUAGAACCUUGCACCAGUCUUUUUGUUUGUUUUUUUGUUUUAUCUUUCAUUUCCUCAAAGCAGGUUAUCUACAGUGAGGUCCAAAAGUCUUGCUUUCCUCUCUGAUUGAAUACGACGCUUUUUCGUUACUCAAGUGACGUCACUCGAGUGAAAAUAUAUCGACUUUUCAAUGACACUCGAGCGGCACAAGUUUGUUCCAAAACUUAUGAUCCAUUCUAGAUCCCAUGCUUCAUUAGAAAUCUGUUUAGUAGUAGUAACGAAUAUCACACACAUUCGUUUACAUUUAAAUCUUUUAAAAAUUAGAAAUAGUAGAGAUUAUGAAAUAUCCAUCAUAUUUAGUCUUUAUCUGUGUUCAGUACAGACUUUUGGACUCCACUGCGUCGUCUUUUCAUUUGUAUUAUUCAGACUACCUUAUUCCACAAAUCUAACAAUAUCCAGAAGUUUAGUUGUUGAACUGAUGCCGUUCACCGUGGUGGACUGAGCCAUGGUCAAUAAAAACACAGAAUAUUAAA